CUUGCAAUAAUAGCUAGAGAUUUUUCAUGCAGAAAAGUUGCAACUUCAAACAUGAGCACAACCAAUCUUGAUAAACUGAAAGUUGCAGCUGAAGCGGGUAAUAUAGACAUCCUUUAUGCAGUAAUUCAAAUUGAUUCAUCCAUUCUAGAGAUUAUAGAUUCGAAUCAGUUUGUUGAAACUCCUUUGCAUAUCGCCGCAUCUAGGGGGCAUCUUCGGUUUGCCAUCGAGGUUAUGAAUUUGAAACCUUCAUUUGCUUGGAAGCUAAAUCCGCAAGGAUUCUGCCCCAUUCAUCUCGCUAUGCAAAAUGACCAAAAGAGGAUGGUUUCUCGCUUUGUUGACAUUAAUAAAGACCUUGUUCGAGUUCAAGGGAGAGAAGGCUUAACUCCUCUUCAUUUUGCAAGUCAAAUUGGUGAGGUUGAACUUUUAGCUAAAUUACUUUUUGCUUGUCCGAAUUCCAUUCAAGAUGUGACUGUGGGGGGUGAAACUGCACUGCAUAUUGCGGUGAAAAAUAAAAACUUUGAGGCUCUUCAUCUCCUUGUUUGCUUUCUUAGGAAAAAUAUCGAAAGAGGUGCUAGAGAGUUUGAAUAUAACAUACUAAAUCACAAGGAUGAGGAUGACAACACCAUUUUGCACAUUUCCGCGCUAUGUAUCGAGCCACAGGCGCUUCGAUUGUUGGUAAGUACUGGGAUAAAUUUGAAGGCGAAGAAUUUGGAGAACAAAACAGCAUUAGACAUUGCCGCCACUCUAGAGAACAAGAGUAUCUUAUUUAGUGCUGGAUCAAAACCUAGCUUAGAAGUCAUGGAUGCUCCCACACUUGCACAUAAACUAAGAUCAAAGACCACUAUUGUGGAUAAAAUGUUGAUUUACAUACGUCGCAUUGAAAGAAAUAUAUCGGAGAAGCAACGCAACACUUGGUUGAUAAUUGCGACUCUUGUUGCAACAGCCACCUAUCAAUCAACGCUAACUCCCGUUGGUGGUGUUUAUCAGGUUAGUACUAGUGACAAUAAUGUGAACAACACUUCCUUCAAUUCUACAAUUUCUACCCCAAAAAAUGUUGGGAAAUCGGUCUUGUCAAAAGUUGAUUUCUUUUUGUUUUCAUAUAUGAAUAUGAUUUCAUUUUUCCUAUCAACUAUAGCAAUACUAAUUCUGACCCCAAGAGGGAGGGUAGGCUCUCUAGUCGUGGCCGGUCCAGUGGUUUGGUUUAUCUUGUUAUACCUUCUCUCUAUGGAGGAUAACCCCUACACAUGACAAUGUUAUGAUGUUUAAUUUAAUUUUCUUUUUUAGUAUUGUUGCAACAGGGAUUUGCUGCAUUAUUUUAGUGUACUAUAGAUUUUUGGCUUCUGCACAAUAGUAACCUAUUGAAUAGACCAUAGAUAAAACAUUGUUGCAAUAUGAGAAACACCCAUCAAGGUUGUGGGAUAGAUGGUACAAUUGCUAAUCA